AUGGUGCAGUCAAAGAAAUUCAGAGGUGUCAGGCAACGCCAUUGGGGCUCUUGGGUUUCUGAGAUUCGCCACCCAUUAUUGAAAAGGAGGGUGUGGCUUGGAACAUUUGAAACUGCUGAAGAAGCAGCAAGAGCAUACGAUGAAGCAGCUAUUUUGAUGAGUGGAAGGAACGCCAAGACUAACUUCCCAGUUUCAGAGAACAAUAACAAUAACAACAACAGUUCCAGUGGCACUGCUUCUUCUUCAUCUUCAUCUUCCACAACAACAUUCUCUGCAGUUCUUAGUGCAAAGCUGAGGAAGUGUUGCAAGUCCCCAUCACCUUCUCUCACGUGCCUCAGGCUCGACACAGAGAAUUGCCACAUUGGUGUGUGGCAGAAGCGGGCCGGGCCUCGCUCCGAAUCCAACUGGAUCAUGAUGGUCGAGUUGGAAAGGAACAACACCACCACCCCCCUCACCACCCAACCUGCUUCUUCUUCCUUGAAGCCAGAGGAAGCCACCAAUAAUAACGGUGGCUUGGAUGAGGAACAGAGGAUUGCCCUGCAGAUGAUAGAAGAGCUUCUCAAUAGGAAUUAA